AUGACGUGGUUUACAUUUUAUCCUUCCCGAAUACCUCUGUUCGCUGUAGUUCAUGCAUUGUUCUGGUUACCUGUAAUGUAUCUUGUUGCCGUUUCAUAUGAUCAUGUGCAACCAGUUGUUCCGUAUGUGAGUAAUUUCGGCAUAUAUCCACCAGAAAAAUACAUGUUUAUGAGUUCAAUGAUUUUAUAUGGAAUGCUAACAAUUAUCAGUCAGUGGUUUUGGUGCUUCAUGAUGAGGAAGAAAUUCGAGAGAAAAUCAUGGUCCACAAUUGGUCAGCGUUUAUCUAUCCUCACAGGGCUAAUUUUUACAGCAUCAGGUAUUUGCAUAGUGAUACUGUCUUUCAUUGACACUAAAAACGAUAAUGAAACGCACUACUAUUUGGCAAUGUUAAAUUUCAUAUGUCAUGCUAUUGCCAUCCCAUUGGGUACUGUACUAGUGGCUGGUGUUUUUCAGCCAUGGGUAUGGUUUUGUUUCAGCAGAGUGCUGAUUUCAAUCCAAAUGAUUCUAGGAUCAUACUUUUUUGUGUAUUUUAAUGAAGCUGGUCUUUUGGUAGAAGAAGCAGAAGAUUUCUUCUACAUAAAAAGGCAUGAACCAGGAUAUGAAGAAUUUAAAUGGAGCGCAGUGAGUGAAUGGUUCGUUAUAAUGGGCUGUAUAGAAAUCACAUUGAUUAUUGGCUUAGAAUUACGAAAUUAUGAAAAACAAUAUGUAUAUGAAGAUAAAAAAGUAUUGAAAUUAUGCAGAUCUAAUUAA